AACCCACAAUAUUUCCUCAAUUGCGAAACCCAGAAAAAAGCAAAAGGUUCCUUUUUUUUUUGUUUAAAAAUAAAUUUAUUUUCUUUCAUUUAUUUUAAUUUUUGACACCCAAAAAAAAUGACAGUAGGAGUACAAAACAGAGCAUUAUUUCUUGUAACUUUCACUUCUGGGUUUCUGUAAUUUUCUGCCCUUUAAUUUGGAGUCCUCUUUAAUGUCUGUUGGGUCAAUUUCUUGCUACCAAGUUUUCACAUUUUUCCCACUAAAAUUUCUAAAAAAUAAGUAAAAAAUCUAGAAUUUGUCCUUAUUUUCCUGUCACAAAUGGGUUUCUUUUAGUUUUGAUUUUGUUGGUUGUGUUGUUUUAGAUCAAUGAUGUUACUUGUGUUUUUGUAAAGUUUCUGGGUUUUUUUGUUGUUAAAUUGAAAGAUCCCUGAAAAUAAAACAUGGCAGUGGAAUCAUCAAAAUUAAGGUUGGUUCGUUGCCCCAAGUGUGAGAAUCUACUCCCUGAGCUCCCUGAUUACUCUGUCUACCAGUGUGGUGGUUGUGGUGCUGUUCUUCGAGCAAAAAAGAACAAUUCAGAAGCUUCUGAGGAAAGGGUUGGGGUUGUUUCUGAGAAAUCUGAGAAAAUUUUGGGGAAAGUUGCUAUUUCUGGGGUUGAAAAUGAGGAGGUUAGGGUAAAUAAUAAUGGUGAAGGGAGUACGGAAGUUGGUGAAAAUUUUGGGAAUGAUUCUAAGAGAGAAGUUGGUAAUGGGGAUGCUAGUAAGAAUGAAAUGAGUAAUGGCAAAUUGGAGUCUAGAGUAGAUAAGUUAGAGACCCUAGAUGAGAAUGCAAGUGGGUUAAGGAGACCUAGUCGGGUUUUUGAGCGUAAAUCAAGUGAUAUUGUGGCAGGGGACCGAUUGGGAAGGACUAGACGAGGUUACUUUGAAGGGAUGAGGUCUUCGAGUUCGAAUCAUUUGGGUGACUCUUCUAAGUAUCAAUUAGAUUCUAGUUAUCGGAAUGAAGCAAGUCGAGCUACUAGAACCGAGCUUAUUGAACAAGAUCGAGAGGAACUCUUGAGGAAAUUGGAUGAAUUGAAGGAUCAACUUAGUAGGGUUAACAAUGUGAAUGAUAAGUUCCAUGAAAAACCUCCUUUGGCUCCGUUAGUAGAAACUUAUGCUGAACCUGUGGAUUGUUUUCGUGAUCAACCCUCUAGCUUUCACCGGGCUUCAAGGCAAUUCUCUUCUCCGAAUAAACAUGCACCUUACUUUGAGCAUUAUCAUGAGCAGUUUCCAGUUACUCAUAGUUACCACAACUCAAUGCAAAACUCAAAUCAUGUUCCUAGGUAUGAUGAUUCUUAUGAAACUCCAAUAUUCCGGAGACCUCCUCCACAACGGGUCCCAAGUCACCACCAAUAUAUGGGUCCUGAGCUAGACCCUUUUGAGGGACACUCAUUUGGUAUUGGUAUGACUCUCAAUCAUCAUUCUUGUUCUUGCUAUAGAUGUUAUGACCGACAACUGCAAGCUCCUUUGCAAGUCCCACCAUCAUCAUUUGCCAAUAGAAGGUUUCCUCAUGUUGCGAACAAGUCUAUGUCAUGCCAUCGUGAAGUUCAAGGAGCUUUUGGGUAUAAUUCUAGGAUAGUUGACCCACUACCUCACACAAGGUGGCCGAGUGACCUUAAUGUUGAAAUGGGGAGUUUUUCUCGUGGUCGUCCUCAAAGGAUGGUUCUAGCUGGGGGAGGACAUCGUUAUCGUCCCAUAGCAGGUGGUGCUCCAUUUGUAACAUGCCAUAAUUGCUUUGAAGUAUUAAAGUUGCCCAAAAAGGUGUUUUGCAACAAGGAUCAGUGGCAAAUGACUUGUGGAGCAUGCUCCACUGUAAUCUCUUUUGCCAUUACGGAUGAAAAACUUGUGCCUGUUGACACAUCAGUAAAGCAAACAACCCAAGUAGCUUUUCAGAAAAGCGAUGGGUUUGGUCAUGACCAUAAUGCUAGCUUUUGCUCUGAGGAUUAUGCUAACUCGGUGUAUGAUUUUCAAGCGAUGGAUAGAGAACCUGUUUCUUCUUCAACUUGCCAGGGUGUAAGCUCCAGCAAGUCUGAAGAAAUGCACAACCUUCACUCCGUUUCUGCUACUACUUCUGAGGAUGAACGUUUCUCAGAUGAUUUGGUUGCUAAAAAGGAUGUUACCUCUGCAACUAUCCCACCUGAAAAAGUUGCAUCUUCUCCGUCUCCUUCGGGUUCACCUCUUCAAGACCCUUUUGAUUACACAUCUAAAUAUCGUAAUGUAAACCGUUAUGGAAAAGGGAAUUUGAGUAGUCGCUCAGAACAAGAGAGGGUUAUUGCAAACAAGACUACUGUUCGACAAAAUUCCUUGAAGGAAUCACUAGCAACUGAGAUGGAGAUGUCACUUGAUGAAUACACAAAUAAUGAGGCACCACAAGACUCGGCAGAUAAAUGCAGAGAAGAGGAUCACCCAAAAGUGAAGAGAGGGGUGGAUUCAUUUUUGGCAGGAAUCAUAAAGAAGAGCUUCUCUAAAUCUACCCAACACUUGGAAAGUGGGAAAAAAAAUGUUACAGUUAAUGGGCAUCUAAUACCAGAUAAGUUGGUUAAGAAAGCAGAAAAGAUGGCGGGUCCAAUAUACCCUGGACAUUACUGGUACGACUACCGAGCUGGGUUCUGGGGUAUUAUUGGCGGGCCUUGUCUUGGAAUCAUACCUCCAUUUAUUGAGGAGUUCAAUUAUCCGAUGCCAGAGCAUUGUGCUGCUGGGAACACUGGUGUGUUUGUGAAUGGGAGAGAACUUCAUCAAAGAGAUAUGGAUUUGCUUACUAUCAGAGGACUUCCGACUGAUAAGGAUAAAUCUUACAUCAUUGACAUCUCUGGACGGGUUGUGGAUGAAGACUCUGCUCAAGAACUUGACAGCCUUGGCAAACUUGCCCCAACGAUUGAAAAGGUCAAACAUGGUUUUGGUAUGAGAGUCCCAAAAACUGUCUCCUAGAGUUCUAAAUUGGCAUGCAUGAAUUACAACAUCACCAAAUGCUCUUAAAGGUGGCGCAAGAGCCUGAACUCGCCUUUGUGAAUCCAGAACUUGAUUUCGAUUUCAAUCUGCAGUGCUAUCGAAGAGAUUUCAAAAAAUACCGUUAUAAGCUAUAUGGAUAACAGAAUGGUGAUCAUCUUUUUGUCCUUGGUAUUCAAAGAUAUUGCGCGCAUUGGUGGCUUUGGUUUGUUCGAAGAGGUUUUUAGUUGUCUCGAAAGGGAGGAGAUUGUCCUGUCUUUCAGUAUUAUCUAUGUGAUAUUCAAUUAGGUGAGCUAAUUUGUAAUGAUGUAUAUUGUUAGUGUAUGGGCGUUAAUUGAGUGAAUAUUACAUAUUCCUUGGCAUGAGAGUCAGAUACAAUGACAUUAAUCUAAUGGCAGAUGAAGUGUUACUAUCUGCCUCUCCGGAAGGCAUUUUUUUUC